GCUUAUUAAGAUACCAACUUGGAGGCCAGAUAGAGUCAUCCCGUCUCCAGUGGGUGUUCUCAAACUCUACUUUGCAGAACUCUUAGUCGCCGGGUGGAAGGUUCAGGUUUCACUCUCCAGGGACCUCGAGCCUCUGCAGCGCCUGGUCGCUCGCGGAAGAGCGUUUGCAAGCGGCAGCCGCGCGCUCCGCUUGCGCUCCACCAAGAGGCCCGGCGACGCUGCUGGCCGAGCCAGGAGGCGGCGAUCCCGGCUGGGCCGGGACUUCCUUCCUCCCGGGAGGGACAACUGACCCCCCCCCGCCCCGCCCGCAGCCCGCACCGAGCUCCUGGCAGCCUGCGGUGCUAGCGCGCAGCGAUGGGCUCCCUCCUGAGCAGCGACAGCUCCAAGUCCGCGCCCGCCUCCGCCGCCUCGCGGUCCCUGGAGCGCAGCCGGGACCCCGAGCUGCCCAUCACCUCCUUCGACUGCUCAGUGUGCCUGGAGGUGCUACAUCAGCCGGUCCGGACCCGCUGUGGCCACGUGUUCUGCCGAUCCUGUAUUGCGACCAGUAUUAAAAAUCAUAAAUGGACAUGUCCAUACUGCCGAGCAUACCUUCCUUCGGAGGGAGUGCCAGCAACUGACAUAGCCAAGAGAAUGAAGUCAGAAUACCAGAACUGUGCUGAGUGCGGGACCCUGGUUUGCCUCAGUGACAUGAGGACGCACAUAAGAACUUGUGAGAAGUACAUUGACAAGUAUGGACCACUGCAAGAACUUGGCGAGACAACAACAAGAUGUGUCUGUCCAUUUUGUCAGAAGGAAUUGGAAGAAGACUGCUUGCUGGAUCAUUGUAUUACCUAUCACAGAUCAGAAAGGAGGCCUGUGUUCUGCCCACUUUGCCAUUUGCUACCUAAUGAGAGCCCAAGUACCUUCAACGGCAGUUUAAUUAGACAUCUGCAAGUCAGCCACACUUUGUUUUAUGAUGAUUUCAUAGAUUUUGAUAUAAUCGAGGAAGCCCUUAUCCGAAGAGUGUUAGACCGCUCACUUCUUGAAUAUGUGAAUCACUCAAACACCACAUAAGUUUAUAAAUAGCGAAGGACCAUUCCCUUGUACCAUUUAAGAUGCUGCUUGAAGGACUGGGGGAAACUGUCAAUGUUUCAUGGAGAAAAAUGUACUACAGUGUUACACACUUGUCUUUGUUAUGUUGCUUUCAUUCUGGUCUAGAGCUGCCUUUACAUUCUUGAGUUUCUUAGACAUUUAACCACAGGCAAUCGGCUCCACAAGCUAUCGGCAAAUGGAAGAGACACAGGCUGAGUAUGUGUGCAGGAGCUCCGUGUGCACAUUGGUGAUGCUGGGCAGAAUGCUACGUGUUCAUGGCUGUCAUCAUGGUUAGGCAAGAUGACCAACCUCUGUUCGACACAAGAAGAUGGAGAAAGGAACAAAAUGUGGACAUUAAAAGAAACCUGAAAUUUAUUGAAAUCCUUAUGCUCUAAUCUCCAAUAAAGGAAUGUGGACAAUCUUAUGUGAAAGGAGGAAGGGAAAGAAUUUGAAGUCAACAAAACCCAUUUUAACCAAAUUACAGUACAUAAUACUAUAACAGGAAUGUAUGGUGAUGCAUGCCUGCAGUCCAAGUAUUUGGGAGGAGGAAGAAUCAGAAGUGCAAAGCCAGUCUUGGCUAAUGAGACCAUAAAAAACAUUAAAAAAUUAAAAAAAGAAAAAAAUCUAUAUGAAAAAAAUCUAUAUGAACUUAACUAUUGAAAUACUAUAUCUGCAUAUAUAAAAAUUUGAUAGAAUAUUUUUCAAAUAUUUGUAGCUUAUUAUUUGGAAGUAUUUUAUAAUGUAGGUGAUUUCUUAAGACCUAUCUGUUGAUAUCUGUGGUUGAAGUUUUCACACUGGUAAUUUUGCAUGGAAUUCCCAGGCUUUGUUUUUAAUUUUAACAUCUUAAAAGGUGUAAAAUAAAGCACACAUACUGAAAACCAGA